AUGUAUUCUCCGUAGUACAACUGCGUUACAUGACCUGAGUUGUAAGGAUACAUAAUUUACCGGUGUGUCCUAUAAUGACAAUUUGCACAAAACGUAGGCUACAAUGUUUCACGUUUUCACUGGUCUGACAAGCAAAACGUUCAGUCGUGGGACGUUGACGUUAAUUCGUCACACCAAUGCGUGCAGAGUGCGGCCACUUUCGGUGAGCAAUCAUCGGCUAGCCAAGUCAGAACAACCUGAAGACGUCCAGGAGGUGAAUAAUGGGCCUAUCCGCUUCUCCACCAGCAAGGCAAGUCACAAGACUUGGAAAGUGGAGCGCUCCAUGGGGAGCCAGUACCAACGCCCUUGGUGGAAAGUGCUCCCUAUCAGUGUGAUCGGGGUAGGCUUCUUGCUGUGGUGCGCCAUGAGAGAAGAGUCGGACAUUGACACACAGUUGGAGAAGGAACUAUACCAGCAUUUACCCGGAUUGCUUGCUGAUCAAGAAAAUGAGAAAAAAUAAAUUACAUCUGGGAUGUGUGUGUAUAAUACAACGUUUUAUUUGAAUUGCAUUGAUUAAAAAGGCUUGUUUAGCCUUA